AUGACCACCCCCCCUUUUGAUCUCGAACAAGGCUUCAUCUCUCUAGACUAUGCCCUCUCUGUCCCGCGCUCCCUCUUGGACCUCGCAGAGAAGGGUCGGGACGAGCACGGUUUCAGCCUUGGUCCCCUUCCGAACAAGGGCACAGUAGGGAUGCAAACGGACUCUGACCAGAGCGAUUGCGCCAAGAUGACUACAGCGAUUGUGUUCCGAGCCAGGGGGAAGGAUAUCGCGAGGAGAUUAGCCCCACUCUACAAGUACGGCGCUGUGAGGGGCUCGACUAUGAAUUUGGAUGGCCAGUUCCCGGAUUUUAUGACGGUUAAGGACGCCAUCUGGCCGGCGUAUCAGGCUGCGAGGGAGAGACAAGGGUUCAUGGAUCCAGGCGAUCUGAUGAUGAGUGACAGGAGCAUGAUGGACUUUAAUGUGUAG